CGCCUCAGCCUGCAGCCGCCGGAGCCGGGGCGGUCGUGCCGCGCCAGGGGCGGGCCCCGCCGGACGCGACGCCGAGGAGGCGCCGGGCCGCGGCCCAGGUGAAGCAGGAGCUGUAGAAGGAAGACCUGGUGGCUUGCAAUCAUGCCGUUCCCCUUUGGCAAAUCCCACAAGUCUCCUGCAGACAUAGUGAAGAACCUGAAGGAAAGUAUGGCAGUUCUAGAAAAGCAGGAUAUAUCUGACAAGAAGGCAGAAAAGGCCACUGAGGAGGUCUCAAAAAACCUUGUUGCCAUGAAAGAAAUCUUAUAUGGCACAAAUGAAAAAGAACCACAGACAGAAGCCGUGGCACAGCUUGCUCAAGAGCUGUACAACAGUGGUCUCCUUAGUACCCUUGUAGCUGACUUGCAGCUAAUUGAUUUUGAGGGCAAAAAGGAUGUCGCCCAAAUCUUCAACAACAUCCUCAGAAGGCAAAUUGGUACAAGAACUCCCACAGUUGAAUACAUCUGCACUCAACAGAAUAUAUUGUUCAUGCUAUUAAAAGGGUACGAGUCUCCAGAAAUUGCUCUAAAUUGUGGGAUAAUGCUUAGAGAAUGCAUCAGACACGAACCGCUCGCAAAAAUAAUCUUGUGGUCAGAACAGUUCUAUGAUUUCUUCAGAUACGUGGAAAUGUCGACAUUUGACAUUGCUUCAGAUGCAUUUGCCACGUUCAAGGAUUUACUUACAAGACACAAGUUGCUAAGUGCAGAAUUUUUGGAACAGCAUUAUGAUAGGUUCUUCAGUGAAUAUGAGAAGUUACUUCAUUCAGAAAACUAUGUGACAAAGAGACAGUCACUUAAGCUUCUUGGUGAAUUAUUAUUGGACAGACACAACUUCACAAUUAUGACAAAAUACAUCAGUAAACCUGAAAAUCUGAAACUAAUGAUGAACCUUCUACGAGACAAGAGUCGUAACAUUCAGUUUGAGGCCUUUCACGUGUUUAAGGUGUUUGUAGCCAACCCUAACAAGACGCAGCCUAUAUUAGACAUCCUUCUAAAGAACCAGACCAAACUCAUUGAGUUCCUCAGCAAGUUUCAGAAUGACAGGACCGAGGAUGAACAAUUUAAUGAUGAGAAGACCUAUUUAGUUAAACAGAUCAGGGAUUUGAAGAGACCAGCACAGCAAGAAGCUUAAUCUCCAGUAAACCCCUAUAAUAUUAAACCCAAAUUCAGCAGUCGCUGUUAGAUAUUCAGCAUCAGGCACUCUUAUCGAUUCAUGAGGAACAUUACUGCUAAUCUGCUGUUCAGUGAACGGUUUUUGUUUUUCUUUUCUCUUCUUUAGUCCAAGUUGAAAAACAUAGCUGCUGCUUUCUUGCACAAUGUGGACUUUCUUGAUAUUUGUGUCAUUUCAGAAUUCAAAGACACUGCUUGUUUGAUGAGCCCUGAAAAGAAAGAUUCUAGGUUCAUGAACGCAAACAUAUAGAUAAUAGUUUGGUUUAGGAAAGAAGGUAUUAAUGUAGUUAAGUAAAAGGUUGCAUGCUUGCAAAUCUGAAUAAAUCUGUAUGUUUGCACUUACCUUGUUUGAGAUACGAGCACAACGUGACCUGUGCAUACCUGGCACCAUAGUAUAAGAUAUAUGCCUUGAUUUAAAAAAUAAAAAAAAAAUUGUGCAGUGCUUUAUUUGUAAUCAAAGGGGAAACGUAUCUAAGAUGUGAGCUUAUUGGGAUAAACAGUUGUCUUGCAAAUAAACUGAUAUUGAAACUUAGCAACUUUUAAAAGAGUGAAAUCUCAAGGUUCAUUAGGAAAAUGUAUAUAUGCCUUUCACUGCUUUCUAGGUUUUUUGGACAUGAUUUGAUUUUUUUUCUGAGAAUUGACUUGUAAACUUGGAAAUAUGUUCUAAGGGGUUUUGUUAAUUUUGCUUUAAAGGUAUUUCAGACAGUAGACCUAGCAGUGACAUUUUGCGUUUCAUUUCAACGAUGCUUGCUGGUUUCUUUUGUAUAUAACUCCUAGGCUGCUCAUUUCUUUAAAAUAUGAUUUAAUUUGUACAGCAGAGGAAUGUUAUUGUAUUAGUCUGUAACUAUUACCUAAUAUUGAGUUUUGCAAAAUGAAUGCUCAUAUGUAAUUGAAUCCUUCAGAUCACAUGGAAAUGCUGAUUUAACGAUCGUAAGUACUGCAGCAUUAAGAGAAAAAAACCACCAACAAAUUCUUUGUACUCACUUAUCUAACAGGGUGCCAUCAGUUAGGGUAGGCUGACGUAGAGAACUGGAACCCUUUCUGCUAGAAUCUUACUGGUAAUAUUGGCCUUAUUCAAUUAAACUAGCGUUGUGCUCACCAGAUCUGCAGAUGGCAGACGUGAUGCUAAAUUAAUAUGGAUUCUUCUUACUUCUGGGGAGCCUGCAGUGCAUCGUUCCUUUCUUACAGUAGUUAACUCAGUACGUAGUUGUGCAAGUGGAUGAGUUAAUUCCCUCUGAAUGCAAGAAACAUGAUUACAUAGAUGUCCUAGAAUAACAAAAUGAUUUUCCUUUGUUGAUUUUGUUCUUUAAUGCUGCAAACUAUCAGUAUUUAUAAAAACAAAAAACCAACUGAUUUUGCACCAUUUUUUUUGU